GCCGGGCUGGUCCGCCGCAGUAAGCAAGACGCAUGGGCCAAGUCGGAUCGAACCGCGCCAAGAAGGACGCCAAAGCCAUCACCAAGAAGAGCGUCCAGGCCACCAAGAUUGAGCGCGCCAAGGCCACGGGCAUCCUGUCGCUGCACGGCUGCAAGCUCAAGCGCAUUCCGGACGACGUCUUUGGCAUCGAGAAGCUCAACACGCUCGACCUCUCGAACAACGAGCUUACGGAGAUUCCGGCCGCAAUUGGCCAGCUAAUCAACCUCAAGACGCUCAAGCUCGAUAGCAACCAGCUAUCGUCGCUGCCGGACCUCUCGGCCUUGACCAAAUUGACCAACCUCGUCCUGGACAACAACAAACUGGCGACGUUGCAGGCGCUGCCAAUGGGACUGACGAAACUCAGCGCCCGCAACAACCAGCUUUUGGCACUGCCACCGACCCUGUGCUGCUUGUCACAACUGGAGAGCGUCGACGUGAGCCAGAACCAAAUCUCUUCGAUUCCGUCGGCGAUAGCAAGCUGCUCGAGCUUGAAGGAGCUCACGCUGGACGACAACCGCAUCGCGCAGCUGCCUGACGCGCUCGCGCAGUGCCCCAAGCUCAAGGCGCUUGUGGUGCGUCGCAACCGGCUCGGGCCGCAAUCCAUCGCCGCAUCGAUCCUCGCCGCGUCGGCCGUGCACAUUAUGCAACUCGAAGGCAACCCCAUGAGCAAGUUCGACUUGGAGGCCAUGGACGGUGUCGACGCCUUUCUUCUUCGGCGCAAGGAGCUCAAGGACAAGGAGCUCCAUGGCGGCCUCAACACGGACGUGACGCUCUGCGGCCUCGACUAAACGUACACCAUAUACUCUUCUCUACUCCUCUAUUAUCAUACAGCGCCGCGU